UUGGCUACCCUGGCGACCCUGGCAGACUAUGGAGUUCAAUUGUAGAGAGGAAAGUUCUGCUGAAGUUAAACCAUUAUGUGCCUAAAUGUGUUGGUUCUUUUACUCAUUACCCUAGAUUUUGUGUUUGCUUUAACUGCGGUGGAUUCUACGUAUGUGCCAAAUGGGCCUUUAGUAAAAUGUUCGUUUUUACCAUUGGAAUUUCUUGAUUGUGACCCUCUAAUAGAUCAUAAGGGCAAUAAAACUGCCAAAGAAGAUCAGGGUGGUUAUGGGUGUGUUAAGUUUGGUGGUUAUAGAUAUGAGGAUGUUGAAAAGGGGAAGAAAAACUGUACUGUGCUACAAGACAUUGAGUGUGAAGGUGAAAGAACCUUUGGACGGGAUGGCUUUCCAUGUAUCAAGUACAGUGGCCAUUACUUUGCUACCACCCUCAUCUACAGUAUUUUAUUAGGUUUCCUGGGAAUGGACAGAUUUUGCCUGGGCCAAACAGGAACAGCUGUUGGAAAAUUAUUGACUUUAGGUGGUGUUGGAAUUUGGUGGAUUGUUGAUAUAAUAUUGUUAGUGACAAAUGGAUUACAGCCAGAAGAUGGAAGCAACUGGAAUCCAUAUGUAUAAGUUAACUAGACUUUAUACCCUGUGCAAAACAUUUUAUAUUAUUGAUGUGAAAUCUCUACCAAAACAGGGUGAUCUGGAGUUAAUAGUGUACAUAAGUUUGUGUUCAUCAGAAGGAUUAUGGUUGUGUGAUAGUUUCUUAUAAUAAAACACCAUUUGCUGCUCAA